AAUACGAAAUUAAUGUGAAAAAUUUUAAUAUUAUACUAAUUUAAUAAUUAUUUUUUUUAAAUUCAGUAAAUUCAAUUAUAUUUUUAAUGUAUGUCAGAUUAUUUGUUACUUUUAUACUUGAAAUUUCAAAUUUUAUGAAAAUUAUUGAAAUAAUUUGAAAAAUUCCUUAGCAGUUUAUUAGAAUGUAAAAAAAGAGUGUUAACUCAAAAAUAAAAAAAAAGAACGAAAAAAAGAACGAAAACAAAAAUGUCGUGGUUAAAUAAUAGUUUUAAUACAUUAAAAGGUCAGCUAACAAAUUUAGCACAAGAAGUUCUUCAUGAAGUUCAAGUUUCUAGUGAUUUGGAAAAUGAAGCACAACAAGUACACCAGCAGCAGCAACAGCAACAACAAAAUUUUUUGGAAGAAUCAGCUAUCGAUAGUGCAACCCAAUUAGAAUUAAUUGAAGAAUCACAAAGAAAAAUAGAUGAAUUAAAUAAUUUAUGUGGAAGUAAGGAUAACGAGAUAGCAUUGCUUCGUAAACAAGUUAGUGAUUUACAAAGCCGUUCAUCAUCGAAAACGACCUCAGAAAAAAAUGAAAUACUCGAAGACAGUUGGUGCUGGGAACCAGAUGAGGUAUCAUCAACACAACCUGCUGAAUCAACUGAUGUUAUUAAUCCAGUUGCAUCAACAGCUCCAGAAAAUGAUCCAAAUUCUGAAACAUCAUCUAGUGGUGGAGCUGAAAUUGUUAAUAUUCCAUUGGAUUCACCAAAACGUAAUAAAACUGGCGAUGAAAAGCUUAAUCAAAAGUUGAAUAAACUUCAAGAAGAAAAUAGGGUACUGAAUGAAACCAUACAAAAAUUAACGAAUGAAAAUGAUGAUUUAAACCGAAAUCUGGACGAAUUAGAUUCUCAACAUAAUUUAGCUAUCGAAAAUGUUUUGCAAGCAAAACGUGAUAUACAAAAAAAAUUGACUGUGGUAUCAAAAGACUAUGAAAAUCAACGAAAAAGAACCCAUGAUGCUGAACAGAAAUUACAAAAUGUUGAAAUUCAGUUAAAUGAAGUUAAUGUUAAACUAGAAAAGUUACAGACAGUUUAUGCUGAUUAUGUUACUGAAAAUGCCCUCCUCAAAACUAAACUUGAUCAGUCAAAAAAAGAAUUUGAUACAGCAAGGGAUGAAAGUUUAAAAUUUAAAGAUUUACUGGAUAAAAAAGGUAAAGAAUUAUUAGAGUUGAUUGAAAAAGUUGAAAAUGAUUUUGGUAAUGAAAGAGAAGAAGAGAAUGCACUGCUUAAGAAGAAAUUGAAAACGUUAAACGAAAGAUUAGAUGAAUUGGAAAAUGAAAAGAAAAAUUUUGAAAAACAUAGUGAAAGUAGUAGUGCAUCUUCUACUUCUGGUAAACAAAGUCUUGAUGGUGGUUUUAUUGUUGUAGAUGAUGAAAAUCAACAUACAUGGGAACAAAAAUAUAAUGAAUUAUUAUCAGAAAAAUCGAAACGUGAAACAGAAUUCGCAGAUUUGGAGCGUAUUAUUAGAGAUUGGGAAGCAAAAUAUGCUCUUUUGCAAGCUGAAAAUUCUAAUUUUAUGUCAAAAAUUGAAGAAUUGAAAUCAGCAAAAAUAAUUGAUCCCAAUAGAUUUAACGAAUUAAAACGAGAAAAUGAGCAAUUACGUCAAGAUCUUGAAGCUUCUAACAUAGAAUAUAUGGAUUAUCAAGAUGAACAAUUUGCAAUUCGUAAAGAGUUAGAUGAUAAAAUUUUAUUACUUGAAGAUAAAAUUUUAGAUUUACAAGAUCGUAAUGCAACACUUGAAAACGAAAAUCAAGAUCAAAAUUCAAGAAUUGAUGAUUACUCUAAAAGUAAAUUGAACGACACCGAAAGUUUCGAAAAACUAUUAACAGAAAAGCAAAAAUUAGAACUAGAUGUUGAAAAUUCAAAAUUCUUAAAUAAAGAAUUGCAAGUUGAAUUGCAGCAACAGAAAUUGAAUUAUGAAAAUAAAAUAGCAGAUUUAGAAAAUGAAGUAAAAAUUUUAACACAAAGUAGACGUAGUUCACCGGAACAAGUUCCAAGCACAGAAUUAAUUGAUAUGGAACGUUUACGCUCUGAAAAUGAAGCAUUUUUAACAAAAAUAUCUGAAUUAACCGAAAAAAUGACAAAAUGUGAAGCGAAUGCGUCUGAUGUUGAAGCUAAAAUGAUGAUCGAAAAUGUUAAUUUACGUAAACGUAUUAGUGAUUUAGAAUUGGCCUUAACAGAAAAUACUAGUGAUAAUAGUAAAGCUAUAAUUAAAGAAUCAACAAGAAAUUCAAUUGAAUUUGAUGAUUUAAAAAAAUGGUUUUCUACUUACGUUCAAAUUGAUAUUGAAAUAAAUGACGUAGAUUUAAUUGAAUCAGCAUUUAAAGCAAUAAAAGAUCGAUUUUGGAAAGUAGAUGUUUUAGAAAAAAAUUUAAAACAAAUGUCAGAUGAUAUAUUAAAAUCAAAUUCUGAGCGAACUAAAUUACAACAUGAUAUUACAACUUUAAAUGCCGAUAUAGAUAAUUACAAAAUUGAAUGUGAAGAACUUUUAAAAAAUAAUCGUAUUUUAUUAGAUGAAUUAGAAAAUUAUCAAAGUAAUAAAUUACCUGCAAUAUCAGAGCACAAUGAAGAAAGUUUGGUACAAUUGGAAAAGCAACUUGAAGACAUUAAAGAUUUAAAUAAGAAAUUAGAUGAAGAGUUAAAACAAUUAACGCAGAAAUUCGAAGAAACCGAAUUAGAAAAAGAGGAAUCUAUAACAAAAAUUCAAUCAUUAUUGGAUAUAAAUACGAAUUUGAAAACUCAAAUCGAUAAUUUAAAUAAACAAUUAGAUUCAAUGGAAGCUGAAAAAUGUAAUUUAAUAUUUGAAAUUAAUGAAAUGAAAACUGAUGAUAAAAAAUCUGCUGUUGAUGCUGAACUCUUUGAACAUAAAGCGAAAAUAUCAAAUUUAGAGCAACAACUAGACCGUCUUAAUAAAGAGCAUACAGAAUUAUUAUGUUCUGUUCAACCUCAGCAAAAUAAUUUAAUAGAAGCUAAAAAAGAUAUUGAAAGACUUGAAAAAUUGAUUAGGGAACGUGAUUUAUCUAUUGUUGAAAAAGAGAAAGAAAUUCAAAAAUUCAAAAAUGAAUUCGAAAUUUUACAAUCUAAAUUAAUUGAAGAAUCAUCAACUGAAGACGAUAAACAAAACUUAAUUAAAGAUUUAGAUCGUUUUGAAAAUGAGAAAAAAUUAAUCAAUGAAAAAUUAGAAAAUGCCUUAAAAGAUGUACAAACAUCAAAUAAUCAAAUAGAGGAAUUAAAACAAGAAAUUGAAAAAUUAACAACAAAUAAUAAUGAUUUAAGAUUAAAAAAUGAUGAACAUUCCGAAACUAUAAAACAUUCCGAAGAAGAAAUAAUUCAACUUCGUCAAAUCAUCGAAUCUAUGAAUAUUGAAAAAAUUGAUAUUAUUAAAACUUUGCAAAUGAAACAUCAAGAGAAUUUACAAUAUUAUAAUGAAAUUCAACGAUUAGGUCAACUAUUAGAUAGUGUUAAUGAUCAAAUGGUUAAAAAUAAUACGGAAUGUGAAAAAUGUAAACAAUAUCAAUUAAAUAUUAAUAAUAGUAAAGAAGAAAUUGAAAAAUUACAAGAGCAAGUUCAAUUUUUAAAAGAAAAAUCUGAUAUACUAACAACAAACUUAUUAACUGAACAAACCAAUCAGAAACUUUUACAACAAGAAAAUAAAGAUGUUAAUGAACAGAAAAUAAGUAUAAUGAAAGAUUUAGAAAGAUUACAGAAGCAUUUAGUUGAUCAGGAAGAAUCUCAUACUCAAGAAAUUUUAGAAAUGCAAUUAAAUAUGAAUAAGAUGGAAGAAAAAAUGACAACAAUGGAAGAAGAAAUUUCAAAAUCAUCGACAGCUUUAACAUCGGCAAGUAUUCGUGCUAAUCAGCAAGCUGAAACACUUCAAGCUCAAUAUUCAUUGGUGACCCAACAACGUGACGAGUUGGCAGCGAAAAUUAGUUUAGCCGAAGAUCGAGAAUUGAAAAAUCAAGCGGCAUUAGUUAAUUUACAAUGUGCAUUGGAGCAAUUCCAGAAAGAAAAACAAAAGGAUAUAGAUUUAGCUACGGCUAAAAUUCGUAAAGAAUUAAAAUAUGAAAAAGACGUCCAAAAUGCUUUGAAAACUGAAAUAACCAGUUUAAAAGAUCAAUUAGCUGAAGCAAAUCAAGGAUUAUUAGCAGCUUCCAGAAUAUCUGAUCAAUUAGAACAAAGUAAAGAAAUGGUUUCACGUUUAAAACACGAAAUUGAAAGCCUUCAAGGUGAAUCCAGUAAACUAAGAGAGAAAAUCAACACAAAUGAAUCUAGUCAAGCUGAUAAAAUUGAAAAAAGUUUAAUAAAAAGUUUAAUUAUUGGUUAUAUUGUUAGUACAAAUUCAAAUGAUAAAAAUCAAAUAUUAAAAGUCAUAACAACUGUAUUAGAUUUUGAUCAAACAGAAACAGAUAAGCUUGGUUUAAAUAAACAACAAUUAGGAUGGUUUGGAAGUUUAUUAGGAGCAGGUGCAGUACAAGAUCAGAAUAAAGAUAGUUUAGCUGAAGCAUUUGUGCAUUUCUUAGAAAGAGAAUCACAGCCAAGGAAUGAUCCAAAAACUCUCCCAAAUUUAUUAAAUAUAGUUACGGAAAAUCCGAAUUCUUUAUCAAAAGAAAGGAAACUUUCACAAUCAUCAACAAUGUCUUCAACAUCAAUAGCUAGUAAUAUGCGUAAUACAUCAGUGCAACCAAUUCUAUUAAAUGAUAAUGUGUUAUCUGAUUUUGCCCCAACAAGAAAUUCCAGUUCCAUAUUAAAAGAUAUUUUAAGUGAUUCCUGAUUCGAAUUUUAUUAAAAAAAAUAAAAGAGAAAAUUCUAAAAUAAUGGCUAACGUUUUUAAUGAAAUGGGGCAUAAUUUAAAAUGUUAUCUAUUAACUAGAACACGUUUAAAAUGCUUUUUAAUACAAUUCGUUGCAAUAAUAUUUAUACAAAAAAUAAUUUUUCAUUUAUUUGAAUUAAAUUAAUUUUUAUAUUAUUUAAUUUUCAUUUUUUUUUUUUUGUUUUGCUUUCGUGAAUAUUAUUGAUUUCAGUUCAAUUUAAUGUUUUGAAUUAAUUGUAAAAUGUAUUUUUUUUUUCGUUUUUGAAAUAUUUUUUUUUUAACAAUUAUAGUACAAAGAUCAUUUCGAUUAUUAUUUUUAUUGUGUUUCCAUUUGUCUUAAUUUCAAUGAUAUUUUGAAAAUUUGUUUUUUUCUUUGUUUCCCCUUUAUAUAUGUUUUAUGUAAAAUGAAAAUUUUUAUUUUAGAGGCUUUGAAAUUUAUUUUUCAAUUUAUUAUUAUAAUAUUACUACUAUACAUUGCUGCGACUAAUGAUUUGUCUAACCUCUUCAAAAUUUUAAUUUCUGCUCUAUGUUUUGACAAUAUUUUGAAUACUUGUAUUCAAUUCAAUUAAUAAAGAGAAAUGAAAUAUUCUUUUAAUUUUGUUAUUUUGAGUUUUUCUGAAUUCAUUAUUUAUUCACAAUAAAUAUUUAAUUUAUUUUAUAAUUUAUCAUUUGAACGAAAUGAUCUUAAAGGCAAAAUAUCAAAUUGAAAUUUUAAAUAUUAAGAAAAUACCUAAAGGAAAAUAAUUUUAUGUUAACUAUUAUAAUUGAUCAAUAUUGAAAUAAUGUGUUUGCAUUAUAAAACUAUUUUAAUUAUGUUAUGAAUGUAUGUAUGUUAUGAUAAAAUAAAUAUUAAAAAACUCUAUAAUUUGGAACUACUUAAAAAAAAAAAUAUGAA